UGCUUAAAGACGCCAUUAAUGCUAUGCUGAUGAUCCAGUUGGGUGUGCGAUCUUUCCUUUUUUCUCCUUCCAGCAAUCGAAGCCUUCACUACUCCAAAAAAACGAGCUUCUCGAUUCUCUUAUUUCCUUCUCAUUCGUCUUUUGUCUCUAGACAUUUAGACAAUCUUUAGGUUUUUCUUUGCUUCAGAUCCAUGAGGAAAUUCUGGUUUUGCUAACUUACAGAAGUUAUCCAUCUUCCACUUUGAAGAUGUUGAAGGUCUGCUAAGAGAUCUCUAAAAGGUUAGUGAAAUUUAGAUAUUUCCACCCUAUCAAAUGAUAGUAAGGAACCAUAAAAGAUUCCAGUUUGAGAGAUCGAAAAGAGCACUAUCUUAUUGAAAAGAUUACGGUUUGAAGCAUUCACUCCAUUGAUCAAUUUUGUACACACAAGUUAUGGUUUUACUUGUGUGAUCUAUAGGAGGUGGAUAAAACAUUGUAUGUUGUAGCUUACAACCUAUUCAAUGGGUGGAAUUGUGUCAAUCGUCCAUCUAUUGCUCCUCGUUCUCCUCUGUGGACAUUCCAAAGGGGAUCCAAGAUCUCAAACAGUGGAAGUCACUUGUUCGAGACAAUUGGAACACAAUUCAACGGCAUUUGUUCCGAACUUCCUUGCUGUAAUGGAUAGCAUUGGCAGUCAGAUCCGAUCCGAUGGUUUUGGCAUGGCAACUGUGGGCUCAGGGCCAGAUGCAGACUAUGGACUAAGCCAAUGCUAUGGUGACCUCUCCUCUCUAGACUGCGUUUUAUGUUAUGCCGAGGCUCGAACUGUUCUUCCCAAAUGCUUUCCCAAUACUGGUGGACGCAUCUAUCUCGAUGGUUGCUUUAUGAGAUCUGAGAAUUAUAGCUUCUUUUCGGAGUAUAUCGGCCCUGAAGACAGGGCAAUAUGUGGAAAUAAAACUAGUAAAGGUAGAACUUUCGAACAGGCAGCCCGGCAAGGUUUGCUGGAGGCCGUAAAUAAAGCUCCUGGAAAUGGUGGCUAUGCAAAAAUUUCAGUUCCCAAAACCAAGGGCUCGAAUCACUCAGCUUAUGUUUUGGCUAAUUGUUGGAGGACACUGAAUGAGACCACUUGCAAGGCCUGUCUAGAGAAUGCAUCAGCUUCAGCAGUUCUAUGCUUACCUUGGUCGGAAGGCCGUGUGCUCAACACAGGUUGCUUCUUGAGAUAUUCCGACACGAAUUUCCUUAAUCCAGAUAAGAGCGGAAGCCAUCAAAGAAGGAGCAUUAUAGCUAUGGUUGUUGCUGUUGGUAGUGCUCUCAUAGUUGUUGUCGUCGGGAUUCUGGUUGCGGUAAGGGUGUGGAAACAAAGGAAACUAAAGAAGAGAAGAGGUUUGAAUAAUUCAGUAAGCAUCGAAGCAGGCUUAUACAAUAAUAGUUUGAACUUCAAGUAUUCUACACUUGAGAAAGCUACAGGAGGCUUUUCUGAUUCCAACAAGCUCGGGCAAGGAGGUUUCGGUACAGUCUACAAGGGAACGUUGGUCGACGGACGAGAAAUUGCUGUGAAGAGGCUGUUCUUCAACAAUAAGCACCGCAUCGCAGAUUUCUACAAUGAAGUCAACAUAAUUAACAGUGUGGAGCAUAAGAACCUUGCUAGGUUGUUGGGUUGCAGUUGCUCGGGACCUGAAAGCCUUCUUGUUUAUGAGUUCCUCCCAAACAAGAGUCUCGACGGUUUCUUAUUCGAUCCUGAGAAGGGCAAGGAAUUAAAUUGGCAAAGAAGGUUGGGCAUCAUUACUGGGACGGCUGAAGGUCUUUCUUAUCUGCAUCAGGACUCGAAGAUUAAAAUAAUCCAUAGGGAUAUCAAAGCAAGCAAUAUCCUACUAGACAUAAAAUUUCGACCGAAAAUUGCUGAUUUUGGACUAGCAAGAACAUUCCAAGAUGACAAGAGCCAUAUAAGCACCGCAGUAGCAGGAACACUAGGCUACAUGGCUCCAGAAUACUUAGCCCACGGACAACUGACAGAGAAGGCAGAUGUCUUCAGUUUUGGAGUGCUUAUGAUUGAGCUAGUGACUGGCAAAUCUAACAACCGGAGCAAGAUUGAUGAAUGCUUUUCUGAGUCAUCAGAGAGUCUUCUUACUCAAGCAUGGAAGCAUUUUCAAUCAGGAACAAUUGAUGAGAUGAUCGAUCCAAAUAUUCUUCUUGGCAAUUAUCAAGAUAUCGACACGGUGAAGGAGGAAAUACUGCGGGUGUUCCAUGUGGGACUUCUAUGCACCCAAGAGAGUCCUUCACUUAGGCCAUUAGUAUCAAUUGCUUUGCGGAUGUUGUGCACUGACAGAGAACUUCCUGCACCCACCAAGCCACCUUUCACCGACGAGACCACUAUGGAGCUCGACGAGACCAAAGAUGUAGAAUGCCAUCCAUCUCCUUACUCCAUUGCUAGCGUCUCCACCGGUUCAUUCUAUCCACGGUAAUCAGCAUAGGUGUUUGAGUGGUUCUACUCUCAACCAAAAAUAAAACAUGGUACUUGUAAGAUUGAUGUCUUUCUCGAAGUAAUUAUGUUAUUAUUUUUCUAAGAUGUAUUAUGACAACUUAUCAAUCAACAAACUUGUGGUUUCUUUAAGUUUCCCAAAAUGUAAAAUUGAUUCUAUUGAAGUCCA